AUGUCAUCGGAGGCUUCGGCCUCCUCAACCUCUGCUAUAGAACGUCCUUCUCCUCAACAAGACUUCCACUUUAUCCGCUCCUUUGUGGCCGGAGGCGUGGCGGGAUGUUGUGCCAAAACAACAAUUGCCCCUUUAGACAGAGUAAAGAUUUUGCUCCAAGGCCAGAAUCAUCACUACAAACACUUAGGUGUGUUUGCCACUCUGAAGGCUGUGCCAAAGAAAGAGGGCUUCUGUGGCUUAUACAAAGGCAAUGGGGCCAUGAUGGUUAGAAUAUUUCCCUAUGGAGCUAUUCAGUUCAUGGCCCUUGACGCUUAUAAAAAGAUGCUCAGUAUUAAGUUUGGUAUCUCUGGGAAUAUCCACUGGCUCAUGGCAGGGUCUAUGGCAGGGAUGACUGCAGUGAUAUUCACCUACCCAUUGGAUGUGGUUCGUGCCAGAUUGGCCUUCCAGGUGACAGGAGAACACCGUUACUCUGGAAUUCUAAACGCCUUUCAAACAAUCUUUCUCAAGGAAGGAGGCAUAUUGGGUUUCUACAGAGGUUUCUCCUUCUUCACAUUUGGGACCCUGAAGAGUUUGGGACUGAAACACUUCCCAGACAGAUUCGGAACCCCAUCUUCAGACAACCCAAACGUCAUGGUUCUCAGGGCUCACGUCAACAUGGUGUGUGGAGGAAUGGCCGGGGCAAUUGCUCAAACCAUAUCAUAUCCGCUCGAUGUGGCCAGAAGGAGAAUGCAGUUAGGGGCAGUGCUUCCAGACUCUGAUAAGUGUGUAAGUCUUGGCAGGACACUGAAAUACGUGUACACAACAUAUGGAAUCAAAAAAGGACUUUACAGAGGCCUUUCUCUUAACUACAUCCGCUGUGUGCCCUCUCAAGCUGUGGCUUUUACUGUCUAUGAGUUCAUGAAGCAGGUCCUCCACCUAAACUAG